AUGGAUCCUGUAGCCAUCACCAAGUGGUGUAAGGAGGAAAAUGCCUCUCCUGAUGCCUGUCUGGUGGUGGAGAUAAAAGGGAAAGUUUGGAAUGAGAAAGAGCUAGCCUCAGUCCUGAAAACGCUGUCCCCAGGUAGAAAGCCCUGGGUGAUUGAUGUAAAGACGAAUCCUCAGGUCCCACACACCUAUGCCUUGUGUGAAUGGAAGAAAGGGAUUCCCGACCAAUUUAAGGGUCUGAGUGUGAAAGCAGCUGUUCAGACUGUAUUGUUUCUUAUACGUCCAGAUCUAUCCAGAGGGGGUACUACAUCCACUAGCCAAGCCACUCCCAGUUCCAGUGUGGGAUCAAAAUCCCUGUCUUUAGCCUCACUUAACCCAGAACUGUGUGCUGUCCUUGGGGAAAUUAUUGGCAAGUGCAAGAAUGAUCCAGCGCACUAUGUGAUGGCUGGGUACCGGAAGCUCAGGGUCUUCUCAGGUAGACAACCAGUACCCUCAGCGGAAGAUGGGUUCGAGGAGUGGUUAGACUGUGCCACCCAGGCUUUGGAAGAAUGGGAAGUUCCUAAAGCCCAGAAGAAACAAAGGGUCACCGAGAGCUUAAAGGGCCCCGCUCUAGAGAUCAAAAGAAAUCUCAAGCUCAGUAAGAAAAACUAUACAGCCCAAGAUUACCUGAGCGCUCUUCAAGAUGUGUACGGUCGGACUGAAAAGGCCACCGAACUCCUCUAUCAGUUGGAACACUGUUACCAGAAGGAGAGGGAGAAAAUGUCGGAGUUCAUAAGACGGUUGGACCGGAUCAUAUACCAGAUCUUACUAAAGAAGGUAAUGGAUCUGAAAAAGGUCGAUGAGGUCCUUACAGAACAAGUUAUACGGAGUGCUCAGCCUUUAGACCCCAUCGCCCUUGUUCUGCGAACCCUCCCGGCGGGAAGUGUCUUGGAAUACCCUGAUCUGAUCUGGCUAGUUAGAGAAGAAGAAAUUAUGCUGGACAAUAAGAGAACCCCAGAAGCCUGA